AUGGACCAGAGGGGCUGGAGGUGGACAGAUGCACAUUUUUGCAGUUUACCAUCACAAGCAGCAUUGUAUGGCAUAACAGCCACUCCACAAACAAACGUAUAUACACACGCCAAAGUAAUAGAACCAGAGGGAUCGAACAAAUUACUGGUAGCAUCACUGAGAGGAAAGAUAGUAUCCGUGGAGUACCAAAGGAAUGGGAACAAACUCAAACCAUCCACAAAGGAGGUUCAGUUUACGUAUAUUCCAGGCGAUGCAGAAUUAGUUUCCCUUGAUGUUGCUGCCAGAACAAGUCAACAAGGCAAUGGACUUCUCAUUGGUAUCACAUUCCUCAAACAGACCCAGACUGAAGAUGGAGAACACACCUGUAUGCAGUACCUAAACCUGUAUUCCUUUUGUCAGUCAGAUGAAGAUAGCCACUACGUAGAUAGUGUAGCCCAGACGUGUGUAACAUUAGAAUUGGAUUUCAUGCCAUACCAGCUGAUCCAUACAGAGUGUGUAACAGAAGAUGGUUUGGAGACGGUAUUUCUUCUCAGUGGAAAUGACCAGAAAGUCCACAUGUACAGAGAAGAUCAUGUAGCCCCAGUGUUGAGAUUUAAAGAGGAAGAAAUAGAGAAUUACUUUCCAGAGCUGUGUUGUCCAGGCAGCAGUGUGCACUGGAUGGAUCUUGUGUAUAUUGAUAAUCAUAAGAAGAGGUUGACAGCUCAAGGACAACAAAAUGGACAAGUGUUUGUUUCAUUGGUGGAUGUCAGCAACACAGAGGUACUGAAGGGUUGGGAAGGAGUGUUUGACAGUCCAAUUACUUGUGUGAAGAUCUUUAACCCAGAUAAUCAGGUCUCCUUUCCUGAAUUUUUGAGAGACAUAGAAGGAAAAGACAACUCCAUACAGGAGGAUACCCCUGCCAUGUACAAUUUGUUGGUUAUGAGUUCCCUAGAACCAACAGUAGUCUACAGAAACAUUCUGACCAAUGGUUUAGACAAUGCUUUGUACUUGCCUGGGAGCUGUUGUUAUGACAUCCCCUUGUGUGCCUGUGUAGCUGAUAUAGACUUCGAUGGAUACAAUGAAAUUCUGGUUGGCACAUAUGGACAGGAGUUAUUAGCUUACAAGUUGAUGCAAGAGGAUGACCAGAUACCAAUAUUAAAUAAAUCACCAUCUUUAACAAAAAACAAAAUGUCGUCUCCUGCAAACAUCAACAGUUAUACUGACGGAGAACCGGUCACAUCACCAAGGCAACGACACCUAACAGGCAGUGGUCAUUCAGGUAGAGAUUCCCCCUUGGCCAUAAAGUUGCCACGAAAGGCAAAAUCUCAAGAGAAUCUGUGUUCCUCAUUACCCAAAAAUCAUGAUACUGGAACAAAGCAGGAGCUGUCUGAAGUAGACCUUAAUGUAACUGACAGAAAGCUUUGUUACAAGUUACUUUGGCAAAGAAGCUUUGCUAGUCCAGUGGUUGGAGUGGACAGAGUAGACAUUAUGGGGGAUGGAAUGGACGACAUGGUUGUGGUUACUCUGAGAGGUGUUCAUGUCAUACAGCCAGAGCUAAGAGAAGUUGCCCAGGUAUGCCUUGAGCAGCUGAGGAAUCUAGUUUCUUCGAAGGAGAGUAGUGAAGAUGAUGAUGAACAAAUUCAAUUGAACAUUGACAAUCAGCUGACAAAGCCAAAUCGUUCUUUUGAAACCAAUACGUGACAAUAUCGGAGCCAUGUAGAAAUUGUGUAUCAAUAAACUCUGUAAAAAGA